AAAGACGUGACGACGAUCACGGACGCGUACGAGGUGCUGGAGAAGAUCGGUACGGGAGGGUUCAGUACGGUGGCGCGCGCGCGGGAAAAGGCGACGGGGCGAGACGUGGCCAUCAAGGUGGUGGAUAAGAGCAAGUACGCGCCGACGGAUCGAUCGUUCGAUCGCGAGGUGGAGGUGCUCUCGGAGAUACGACACGUGAAUGUCGUGGAGCUGUACGCGACGUACGUGACGGAUCGAAACGUGUUUAUGAUUUGCGAACUCGUCCAGGGCGGCGAGUUGCUCGAACGCGUGUCGCGCGUCGGGUCGUUCGCGGAGGACGAGGCGCGGUCGGUGAUCGCGCAGGUGUUGCACGCCGUGGCGCACAUGCACGCGAGAGAUAUCGUGCACAGAGAUUUGAAGUUGGAGAAUAUUUUGUUGAGCGACGACGGGGAUCGACCGACGGUGAAGCUCAUCGAUUUCGGGUUGGCGCGGUUCAAGCCCGAGGGACAGACGAUGCGAACGGUGUGCGGGAGCCCGCUGUACAUCGCGCCCGAGAUUUUAGAAUUGGAGACGUCGAAAGACGAGAACGAGUUUUACUCUCCCGCGUGCGACAUGUGGAGCGUGGGGGUGAUUUUGUUCGCCCUCUUGAGCGGGUACUCGCCGUUCGAUCACGAAGACGAGAGCGUGCUUUAUCAAAACAUACGCGACGGCAUCUAUCACUUGGAGCCCGGGGUGUGGGAUUUCAUCAGUAAUCCCGCGAAGAGUUUAGUCGCUGGUUUACUCGAAACCGACGCCAACGAGCGGUUGAGCGCGGAGCAAGCGUUGGCGCACGAGUGGAUC